AUGGGGCUAAGAGUUGCCAGCCUUUUCAUACUCUGGCUGGCACUCUCCAAUGCGAGCGAGAUAAAAAAAGGUAGGACACGAAGCCAUGGCCACUAUGUCUGCAGCACUUGGGGGAACAACCAUUUCAAAACUUUUGAUGGAGACAUCUAUCAGUUUCCUGGCGUUUGUGAAUAUAAUUUUGCUUCAGACUGCCAAGAGUCUUACAAAGAGUUCUCUGUCCAAGUUCAGCGUACUCUGAACAGCAACAACCAUCCAGUGAUCCAGUACAUUCUGAUCACAGUCAAGGACUUCACAGUGUACCUCACGCCAAAACUGGCUGUGGUAGAUGGGCAAAUUGUCAAGACACCAUACUACAGCUCUGGUUUGUUAAUUGAGAGCAAUGACAUUUACACCAAAGUUUAUGCCAAAUUAGGCCUAGUUCUGAUAUGGAAUCAGGAGGAUGCGCUGAUGGUGGAGCUGGACAGCAAAUUCAAUAACUAUACAUGUGGUCUUUGUGGAGAUUACAAUGGCAUUCCAAUCUACAAUGAAUUUAUUAAUGGAGUCACAAGCUACAAUUCAAUUACAUACGGGAAUUUACAGAAGAUCAACAAACCCAAUGACAAUUGUGAGGACCCCGAUGAAACUCAGGCACUUCCAAGCUGUAAUGAACAUCGUGAUGAGUGUGAAAAGUUGCUAAAUUCCUCUGCAUUUACUGAUUGUCAUUCACACCUCAAUGUGGAAAUGUAUGUCCAAGCCUGCAUGCAGGACAAGUGUGCCUGUAAUGGAAGUGAGGACUCCUUCUGCCUCUGCAGCACCAUCUCUGAGUAUUCUCGACAGUGUUCACAUGCAGGUGGUCGGCCGGGUGAAUGGAGGACGGAGAACUUUUGCCCCAAAACGUGUCCUGGUAACAUGAUCUAUAAAGAAAGCAGCUCGCCCUGCAUGGAUACUUGUUCACACUUGGAGAUCAGCAGCCUUUGUGAAGAGCACUACAUGGAUGGUUGUUUCUGCCCUGAAGGAACUGUGUAUGAUGAUAUCACUGAGAAAGGCUGCAUACCUGUUAGCCAGUGUCACUGCAAACUCCAUGGAAAGGGGUAUUCACCUGGAGAAAACAUCACCAGUGAAUGUGAAGAAUGCACCUGUGAUUCAGGUAGAUGGACAUGCAAGGAUUUACCCUGUCCAGGCACAUGUUCAGUGGAAGGAGGCUCUCAUAUUACCACCUUUGAUGGGAAGAAAUACACCUUCCACGGAGAUUGUUACUAUGUGUUGGCCAAGGAUAAUGCCAAUGACUCUUAUGUCCUGCUGGCAGAACUGGCUCCCUGUGGCUACAUAGACUGGCAGACAUGUUUGAAGAGCGUUGUGCUGCUAACAGACCAGAAAAAAAAUGUGGUGGUUUUCAGAUCAGAUGGCAGUGUGUUACUGAAUGAAAUGACAGUGAACGUGCCUCAUGUAUCAGCCAGCUUCUCAGUUUUCCAGCCGUCUUCCUACUACCUCAUUGUACAAACAUCUAUCGGACUUCAGCUGCAAAUCCAGUUGCUCCCAGUCAUGCAGCUGUUUGCAACUGUGGAUUCAUCAGGCAAAGAAAAUCUGGAAGGUCUUUGUGGGAAUUUUAAUGGAAUAGAAGGUGAUGACUUUCAAACGGCCAGUGGACUGGUAGAAGCUACAGGAUCUGCUUUUGCUAACACGUGGAAAGCUCAAUCUACCUGUGCAGAUAUGGAUGAAAGGCUGGAAGAUCCCUGCAGUCUCAGCAUUGAAAGCGCAAAUUAUGCUGAGCAUUGGUGUUCUUUGCUGAAAAACACAGAGGGUCCUUUUGCAACAUGUCACUCAGUCAUUGAUCCUUCAGAAUAUUAUAAGAAAUGUAAAUAUGACACCUGCCUCUGCAAGGACAGUGAAGAAUGCUUGUGUGCUGCCCUGUCCUCUUAUUCAAGGGCCUGUGCUUCCAAAGGGAUCAUACUGGGAGGCUGGAGACAAACUGUCUGUGCUGAUGAACUAUCUUCCUGCUCAGAAAACCAAAUCUUUCUUUACAAUCUUACCAUGUGCCAGCAAACCUGUCGUUCAGUUGCUGAUGGUGAAAAGUACUGCUUGCAAGACUUUGUUCCUGUGGAUGGCUGUGGAUGCCCUGAUAAUACUUACUUAGAUGAUGAGGGUACAUGUGUGCCCGUCUCCAAAUGCCCAUGUUACUACAAGGGGUCAUACCUGGAACCAGGGGAUUAUGUCACAAAAGAUGAAGAGCGUUGUGUUUGUCGAAAUGCAAAGCUCCAGUGCACUUCAGUGACUGUAAGAACGACAGAAUGUCCUUCUCACAAGACAUAUUUUGACUGCAACACAUUCCAAAACUGGACUACACAAACGCCUAUACAACUUAGCUGUCAUACUCCUCGAGCUGAUCAUUUCCAAGCAGAGUGUGUCUCAGGAUGUGUGUGUCCUCAAGGUCUCUUUGAUGAUGGGAGAGGGGGCUGUGUUCAGGAGAAGGAUUGCCCAUGUGUUCAUAACAAACAGUGGUAUUCUCAUGGAGAUGAAGUAACAGUGGACUGUAAAACCUGUACCUGCCAGAGUGGAAGUUGGAGCUGUACCAAAGUCGGUGUCUGCUAUGGGACCUGUACCAUAUACGGAAGCGGCCAUUAUAUCACCUUUGAUGGAAAAUUCUAUGACUUUGAUGGGAGUUGUGAAUAUGUAGCUACUCAGGAUUUUUGUGGUGACAAAAACUCUAGCAGCUCAUUCAGUGUCAUCACAGAGAAUGUCCCAUGUGGAACUACAGGAGUGACCUGCUCAAAGGCUAUUAAAAUGUUCCUAGGGAACACUGAACUGAAGUUGGAAAACAAGGAUUAUAAAGAAAUUCAGCGAGAUAUUGGUGAUGAGGUGCAGUACAGAAAAAGGACAGUUGGUCUCUACCUUGUUAUUGAGGCUAGCAAUGGUGUGAUGUUGAUUUGGGAUAAGAAGACUACUAUUUUCAUCAAACUGACUGCUGAUUACCAGGGCAAAGUAUGUGGUCUUUGUGGCAACUUUGAUGGCAAGUCCAACAAUGACUUUACAACAAGGAGUGGAUUGCAGGAUACUAGUGCUCUGGAGUUUGGGAAUUCCUGGAAGCAGUCUUACACCUGCCCAGAUGUCACAGAAGAGAUCCUGCCCUGCAGUGUGAAACCGCAUCGCAAGUCCUGGGCAGAGAAAGAAUGCUAUUUAAUCCAGAGCGAAGUCUUUGAAAUCUGUCACUCCAAGGUGGACCCAACCCCGUUCUAUGAAGCCUGUGUUCAUGAUGCCUGCUCCUGUGACAGUGGUGGAGAUUGUGAAUGCUUCUGUUCGGCAGUUGCUGCGUAUGCUCAAGAAUGUAUCAAGGCUAAAGCCUGUGUGUUCUGGAGAACUCCUGAUAUAUGCCCAAUAUUUUGUGACUACUACAACCCUCGUGAUGAGUGUGAGUGGCACUAUGAGCCUUGUGGCAGUAACAUCAUAACCUGCAAGAUGAUCAAUGAUGUCAGCACAAAUUUCUCAGUACCAUAUCUGGAAGGCUGCUACCCAAGAUGCCCUCCAGAGAAGCCCAUUUUUAAUGAAGAGACAAAUAAAUGUGAGACCGGAGAUGAGUGUGGGUGUUACUUCAAUGGAACUUACUAUGAACCUGGGGAAGAAAUACCUGUAAUAGAGAACUGUACAAAAUGUGUCUGUGUUUCCUCAGGAAUCACCAACUGUACAACAAUCCAAGGCUGUCCUUGUGUGAUCAAUGGAACAAGAUAUGAAGUGAACGAUCCCGUGGGGCAAAUAAAGGAUGGUGACAUAUGUACAAUAUAUGUGUGUGGAGAAAAUGGAUCUCUAGUUCCUGUAAUUAUUCCUUGUCCAACAACUGUUCCUACAGUCUCUUCAACCUCCUUUAGUACCCCUACUGCCACAGCUCCAUGCUUUGGAUUGAUUUGUAGCUGGACUGAGUGGUAUGAUGUUAGUAGACCUGAAGAAGAUGGUGGUGACUAUGAAACCUAUGAGGCUAUAAGACAUAAAUAUGGAAAUGUAAUAUGUGAAGCUCCUGAAAAAAUUGAAUGCAGGGCUAAAAAUAGUCCAAAUGUAAGCUUAGAUGAACUUGGCCAGAAGGUGGAGUGUAAUGUUACAUAUGGACUAAUCUGUAAAAAUGAGGAGCAAACUGGUAUCUGGCCUCUUUGCUAUAAUUAUGAAAUCAGGGUAAAUUGCUGUGAGUGGCAUGAAGUUCCAUGUGUGACUACACAGAGUCCAACACCGACUGCAACUUUCACUACCACCAGUACAACAGUUUUGACCAUCACCACAACCCGGCAGCCAACGGUGAUAACUACCACACUCAAGCCCACCCCAAGCAAGCCCACAUCACCACCUACUGCCCCAAUAACUUCAACCACCACAG